GAAACAGUGGUUUUCAUUUUUUUUAUUAGUAGGUUCUGUGAUUUCUUGGAAUUUCAAGAUUAAUGCUUUAGUAGGUUCUUUAAGCAAUGGAUUGGUCAAGGUUGGUAUAUUGACAAAGAAUUGGCAAUGUCAUCAACUUCUUUUGCCAAGCAGACUGUUGUGCCUAUGAAAGAACCAUCAUCGAAUUACAAUCCAUAUCCCCCACCACUAGCAAGAUACGAAGAUGUUGUAGCUUGUUCGAAACUUUUCCUCUCUACGUUGGAGAAGCUCCAUGCUACCAUGGGAACCAAGUUCAUGAUACCGAUCAUAGGAGGAAAGGAGUUAGAUUUGCACAAACUUUUUGUGGAGGUAACAUCUCGUGGUGGUAUCGAAAAGAUUAUAAAAGAGCGAAGAUGGAAGGAAGUGACUGCGAUUUUCAACUUCCCUUCAACUGCUACAAAUGCAUCAUUUGUGCUGCGAAAAUACUAUCUUUCUUUGCUUCAUCACUAUGAACAAAUGUACUUCUUUAAAGCCCGUGGUUGGGUUCCUGUUUCUUCCGAUCAAUCUGUCACACAGAUUCCUACUCAAGGGGUAGUACGACCAGUCAUCGAUGUUCAUGCAGCCGGUGUCCAGCAACCAAGAGUAAAUGUUUCCGAUUCACCUACAGCAGCCAGGCAAUCAACAAUUGCAGGGUCUCCGGUGAUUGGGGUCAUCGAUGGAAAAUUCGAUAGUGGCUAUCUUGUUACCAUCACAAUUGGCUCGGAGAAGCUAAAAGGCGUCCUUUAUCAGACUUUAGAGGAGGCAGCACCCGAAGCACAGCACAACUAUGGUGUGUUUGAGAGCCAGAGUGCAAAUCCACAUGCUACAUUGGGUAUGCAACGUCGUAGACGCCGGAGAAAAUCUGAGAUAAAACGGAGGGAUCCUGCACAUCCAAAACCGAACAGGAGUGGAUAUAACUUCUUUUUUGCCGAGCAACAUGCUAGAUUGAAACCACUCCACCCCGGACAAGACCGAGAAAUCAGCAGAAUGAUCGGUGAAAAAUGGAACAAGUUGACCGAAUCCGAAAAAUCUGUUUAUCAGGAAAAAGCUAUCGAAGAUAAAGAACGAUAUCGAAUUGAGAUGGAGGAUUACAGAGAAAAAUUAAGGACAGGUCAAACUACAAGCAAUUCGGUGCCCCUAGAGCAACAGCUACCCGUAGAAGACAUAGAAAUGGCCGAAGCGGAUAUGAAACUCGAAGAUGCUGAAGGCGGUGAGUCCGCUGGAACCCCGGAAAACGAUAGCAGUUCUGAUGGAAGUGACUUUGAAGAUGAUAAAACAGCAGACAAAGAUUUAGAUAUGGAAGAACCUGGAGUUGCAGGCAUAGGUGGUAAUGUCGACGCAGCGGAUAUUUCGGUUGAGCAAGCGACCGAGUUACCGAAGGUUGAUGAUAAUGCUGGACAUGAUAGCCAGGUCGACAAGUUCAGUAUUUGAAGAUGAAAGAAAGAACCAAUGACUUGUGAAGAACACUAAAACCUGCUAGUGAUUAAGUUGGAACUUUCUUGCAAAUGAAGCAAUAGAUGCUUUAG